AUGGUCGACGCGCAGCUGAAAGAACAAUUCGCCCUUUUCGCCAAAUUCGGCGAGUCGAAGAACGACGGCUCGACGAUCACGCUGAAGAACGCCGACAAGUGGUUCAAGCAGGCGGGCGUGAUCGCCAAAAAGAUCACCACCACGGACACCGGCAUCGCCUUCAACAAAUUCAAGGGCAAAACCAUGAACUUCGACACGUUCCUCAAGUACCUGGACGAGCUCAGCAGCAAGAUGGCCGUGGAGGAGAUCAAGGAGAAGCUGGUGGACUGCGGCGCCCCCGGCACGCAGGGGGCCACCAAGGCCGUGAAGAGCGGCGGCGUCGACCGCCUCACGGACGCCUCGCAGUACACGGGCGCCCACAGGGAGCGUUUCGACGCCGAGGGCCGCGGUCGGGGCCGCGAGGGCCGCGACGACAUCCACGAGAACUCCGGAUAUGUCGGCAACUACAAGGGAAAAGACACUUACGACAAAACUCACUAA